CACUGCCGCCGAGGAUUGACACUUGUUACGAAUAAAAUACGCUGUCUCCUCUCGUUUUCUCGAAACAUUAGGACAUUGUUUGGGGGAUAUGCCAAUAUCAGCUGCGCUCUUCAUAAAAAUUAAAGAAAAAAUCAGACAGAUUUGGAUUAAAGAUGAUUCUACUUCAAGACCACAAGCCUAUUACUCACUCUUGGUGUGUAACCUGCUAUAGCUGGACAGAGUCCUUGGAAAAGAUAAAAAUCUUGCGCUUGCCUGCCUACUGUUACCUGCUACCCCAAAAGGUGUAUCUUGAUGUCUUAUUUCCCAGACUGUGUGUCAUUUUACCAGAUAACCUUUCUUUUUACGACCAUUUCUGUCCCAACACUACUGAAGUAAGUUAUGUGGUUAUGAAUCACAACGGAUAGAAAUAAACCCAUCUGCAAAAUAUUUUUCUUCAGUGCAGUCAUGUACUCUAAUGAACUGUAGCAGCAAUACAGUUUUCAUGUGACUGCAUACCUGUUCUAGACUCCAUUGCGGUGUAUUUAUGUGCGUGUGUGUUCUGAAUGUGUGUAUAUGUGUCUCUGUGCAUGUUCACUUGUCCUGUCAAUUCCUGCUGGUUAUCAAGUCAUGCCACGUGGAAGAGAUGUCAGCAACAACUGUUGCCUCCCACUGCACCUAAAAGAGGACAAUGCCCGUUUUGGCUUGUUGGCAGCUUUCAUCUUGCUCUACCUGCUGUGUGGGGCGUUGGUGUUUUCCGCUCUGGAGCAUCCCUCUGAGCUGCAGGCCCAUAAGCGAUGGGAGGAACAGCUGGCCAACUUCACAGAGCAAAACAGCAUCAACCUGAACUCGCUACAGGACCUUCUAAGACAAUAUGAGGAAGCAUUCGUGGCUGGUAUCCGCGUAGACAAACUUAGGCCUAGAUGGGAUUUUUCUGGGGCAUUUUAUUUUGUCGGCACUGUGGUUUCUACUAUUGGCUUUGGCAUGACCACUCCCGUCACCAUUGCAGGAAAGAUCUUUCUAAUAUUCUACGGACUCCUCGGUUGUGCAGCAACAAUCCUCUUCUUCAACCUCUUCCUGGAGCGCAUCAUCACGAUGCUGGCCUACAUCAUGCGCUGGUGUCACGAGCGCCAACUGCGCCGCUCUGGUGUGGGAGGAGUGGAAUCCAGGAGUGAGGAUGACAGUCUGGAGGGUUGGAAACCAUCGGUCUACUACGUAAUGCUCAUUCUGGGCAUAGCUGCCCUGUUGAUCGCCUGCAGCGCUUCCGCUCUCUACUCUGCCAUGGAAGACUGGGACUACUUUGAAUCCUUGUACUUCUGCUUCGUGGCCUUCAGCACCAUUGGGUUUGGAGAUCUGGUGAGCAGCCAGAGGGAAAGCUAUAAAGCUCAGGAGGCCUACCGGCUCGGCAACUGCCUCUUCAUUCUCAUGGGUGUGUGUUGUAUCUAUUCCCUAUUUAAUGUUAUUUCCAUCAUCAUCAAGCAGACGCUUAACUGGAUCUUGGCGAAACUGGACCGCAGCAGGUCCCAAUGUACGUGCCGCGGCCGGCCGUACAGGAGGCGGGGUCGGACCUGCUGUUGCUGCUGCUUCCCGCGUCUUCCCAACCAGCGAAACAAUCACCACCCUCCACCCGGCAAUUCUCGGCUGAGGGGGCAAAAACGCAAUGCCGUGCACCCUGCCGCCGCGACUGAAACGGCGGGAAAACGCUUCACUAAUGCAUCAGUGGAAACAGUUUGUGAUAGUGAGACGGAUGCUGGCUUAGGACCAGAUGGAGGUUAUCUGACAGGGCGCAGACUGUCUGGAGAAAUGAUCUCCGUCAAUGACUUUAUGGCCAACAAGGUUUCUCUGGCCAUUCUACAGAAGCAACUCUCAGAAACCGCUCACGGUAAUCCAAGACAAAGCCAUGUUCGCCAGAACGGCUUUUCAGGUGGAGUGGGCGCCUUUGCUAUCAUGAAUAAUCGCCUACAGGAGACGAGUGUUGACAGGUAGCUCGCUUAUACAAAGAUGGUGAUAUUGUACAUUAUUUCUAUAUGAAGAUAUCAUUCAUUUUUUAUGAUUGAUUAUUGCACGCAAUCAAAGAUGAAAAUUGUCUGUGAAAUCUGUAUAUCAUUUUGACUAACCUGUAGUGCUCGUAUUAUGAGGCUUUAACCAGGUUUUCAUAGACAGGGUCACUUAUACAGGACAGAACAAAUCAGAUCAAAUUAAAAUAGCUGAUUUAUUUCCAUGUCGUGUUAUAUUAAGAUGAUGCUGAGCAUUCAUCAAUGGCUUCAUUCUUACAAGGAGACCUCUCUCAAUUUUUCAACAGACCACAGGAUUUUAAUAGUGACAUCGCUUCUCGAAGUCACUUCCAUGCUGAAGUGAUUGGCCGGUGUGGUGAGCAAUCACACUGCGCCUCUAAAGAGAUCCUUUAGCAGCUCUUCACAAAAACAGACUGAUUUUCAAGAGCAGGGCAGAUGUAGCCACAGCACUUAGACAGUCCCGCGUGAAAAAAUAACAAGUGUCAAAUCGAAAGGAGAUGGUCAGUAUUUUUCAUUGCAUAAUCGUUUAUCGCACUGCUGUUGAUUGUCCUAAGGAGUAAAUCAUCUAAAAUGAACACAAAUAUGUGUAAAUAGGCUUUUAGCAAAAGUGACAUAUUUAAAGGGACAGACAAUUAACACAAAGCAAGAACAGUCGAGUCUACAGUAAUAAUCACACAACGUAUGUAUUAGGGUUGUGUAUUGGCAAGUGCCUCCCGAUACGAUACAUAUCACGAUAGAUGGGUCACGAUACAAUAUAUUGCUAUGUAUUUUGAUACGAUACACAUUUGCCAUAUAUUGCAAUACUUUAAAUAGAAAAUGUAAAGAGUAGAGCUAGAAAUACAACAUGCUGUGCACCACCGGGGGUUUUCUGUGAGGAUAAGUGUAAAAACAUCCCUUACCUCUGCAGAGUGGCCAUGAUGUGCGAUGCAUGGACCUUUAGAUCUGAGGUUUGGGUUCCCAAACUGGAUUGCGCCCCUCAAGUGGGUAGCACAGGGGAAUAAGGUGGCUCACGCAAGUCACUUGGCUGUUGUGGUGCAUUACAGUUAAAACAUUGAACAUGGGCAGUAUAAAACCUCUGGUUCAUCCGUGCUGUAAAUGCGCUGGUGUCACAUCCAUGAAAGCACAAUAAAUGUCAUUGUUACUUUUCUUAAUAAACUUUUUGUCUAAUGCACUGCAGCAGCCAAGUGACUUGUGUCAUGACUUGCGAAGCCUACAAACAGCAUUAUUUUAUAUAACUCAUUACUCCAUGACUUAUUUUGAAGACCAAAGCACACCCACACAUCAGCUCUGAGAGCUCCAAGCGUUCUUAUAUUUUACGCCAUGCUCGCUUCCACUUACUUUUGACCGUAUGUAUUUGACAUGAUUUUUAAAAAAUUAUCGAUAUUAGAGGUAUCACUAUCGAUACACUAUUGAAAAAAAAAUUGCGAUAGUUACAUGUAUCGAUAUUUUUGCACAGCCCUAGUAUGUAUAGAUAGAUUGUAUAGAUUCUGUAGAUACUGUACUGUAUAUUGUACACACAAAUUUUACUUGUUGAAUAUUUAUUUUGCUAUUUAAUAUUUGUGUUUCAAACGUAAUAGCUACUAUUAAUAUGUUAUUUAUUCUGUUAUAGAACUGAGUGUGCCACAAAAGCUUUACACAGAUUGAAACCAGUGGAUUUCAUUUUACGUGUGUUCAUGCAGAGUAGUCAUUUGACACACUUCCUCUGAAAGCUUGUUGUCAUGGUUGAGUGACGCACAAACGUUGUGCUUGCUUGCAGAUGUCAGUAAUUAUGCUUUGGAAUAUUUCCCAUCUUAAACCCGGAAAUAACGUCUUCAAUGGCAAAUGGCGCUUGAGCUCCAUACGUUGUUUCCGGUUUGAAGGUGGUAAAUAUUCAAAAUACGAGUUGUCUACUGGCGGGUCGGACUGCAAAUUAGAGGGGUGUUAAACCGGACGUAUCUUUUUGCCGCCCCCCGGAGGCUGAUACUGGUAUCGCAUACUAACGGCUGGUGUUUUAAUUUAACUGAAAUCUAAGCCAGUGGUUCACAAACUUUUUCGUUAUAAGGCCCCAUUUGUAUAGGGUGUAUCGCUUUGUGUCCCCCAAAUAAAGACUUACGAUCUUAAACAUAGGAUUUUAACUAAACCAAAAACAUUUAUUUAUACAAUUCUGGAACAUCAGGUAUUUUGGUUGGUGGGCUUAUUUUUCGGACGUUCGAUUGCACAAAAUCUAUCAUAAAUUUCUAUAUUUCAUAAAAUGUCACAAAACUGUGCCCCCUUGGAU